GAGCGCCCAUUGGCGCCGAUGACUUACUACCUGUUAGCCGGGCUUGGCAACUGGCGAAUUCUUCCUUCCCGGUAUACUCCCGGGCUGAGAAAUUGGUUCCGAACCCAACGGAACCCGGCGCCGGGCGACGCUGGGUCACGUGGCUGGCGACCUCAUGACGUGCGGGCAGCGAGGCGUCACCGCGACGUUCGGGCGACCUAUCGAGUGGCCCCACCUCCGCCACCUGUGCGGUGGCGGUACCGUCAUGGACCUGGGGCCGAUGCGCAAGAGUUACCGCGGGGACGGAGAGGCAUUUGAGGAGACUCAGCUGACCUCCCUGGACCCCAUAAAGCAGUUUGCUGCCUGGUUUGAGGAGGCUGUUCAGUGUCCCGACAUAGGGGAAGCCAAUGCCAUGUGCCUGGCUACCUGCACCAGAGACGGAAAACCCUCUGCCCGCAUGGUGCUGCUGAAGGGCUUUGGCAAGGAUGGCUUCCGUUUCUUCACUAACUUCGAGAGUCGAAAGGGAAAAGAGCUGGACUCCAAUCCCUUGGCUUCUCUUGUCUUCUAUUGGGAGCCCCUCAACCGCCAGGUGCGUGUGGAGGGCUCCGUGAAGAAGCUGCCAGAGGAGGAGGCUGAAUGCUACUUCCGCUCCCGCCCCAAGAGCAGCCAGAUCGGGGCUGUGGUCAGUCGCCAGAGUUCGGUGAUCCCCGAUCGGGAGUAUCUGAGAAAGAAAAACGAGGAACUGCAACAGCUCUACCAAGAGCAAGAGGUGCCAAAGCCAAAAUCCUGGGGCGGCUACAUCCUGUGCCCGCAAGUGAUGGAGUUCUGGCAAGGCCAAACCAACCGCCUGCAUGACCGGAUCGUCUUCCGGCGGUGCCUGCCAACAGGAGACUCCCCUUUGGGGCCCAUGACCCACCUUGGGGAGGAAGACUGGCUUUAUGAGAGACUUGCACCCUGACUUCCAAUCUGCUGGUGCCGACCGGAGCCAGGGCUGGAUGCUAAGAGAGGGUGUGGGGUUGAGAGCCAGGCCCUUCUACACUCAACCCAUUUCCCUCCCCACCCCUUCUAUUUAAGAUCCUGCAGAGUUCAAGCUCUGAAUUCUGUAUUUUCAGUUGGCUCUCAAAUUAGGUGGUCUAGUAGAGUGUAAACAUUUCUGAAUAAAUAUUCAGAAAUGGGGGGGAAAUCCCACAAUUAUUUUCUUGACCUUGAAUAUGAUUUAUGGGAAUAGGUCCCUCAUAGGGUAAUAGCUGGUGUGAUUCCCUUUUUUGGUGACCCUGGGAGGGCCCCCGGGGUCCCCCAUUACCAGGGUGACCAAGCCCAAAGCUGAUUGGUUCCGGCGUAAGCCAAUCUAGCCAAUCGCUUUUUUCUUGUCAACAAUUUGAAAUUUGAAAUUUGAAAGGAAGAGACCCAGAGUCUGAGAGGCCAUGUAGCCAAGUCAUUAGUGGCAGCCAAGAAGAUACAGCCUCCAGCUGCUGAUCUUGAAAUUCCCUGAGUGACCUUGGAUCCCUCCGCCCUCCUCUGGGUUGUGCAGUUCCUCCUCCUGCCUCAAAACACCCACUGUCCCUGGUGGGGGGCUGGGGGAGGGAAGGAAAAAGGGAAGAAAGGGAAGAACGAAGUUAGGAAGGAAGUUGUUUUGGGCUUAAACUAGCUAGAAUCAAUUUCUGUUGCUUGCAACUAAAGGAGGCUUAACUAACUUAUUUACUAGUAGGAUAUUUUUAUAGCACCCUACCCUACUGAUGACUGCCUCCCAUUAUCUGAAGCACAACAAUGUGGGAAAGAGAUUAAAUUUAUUCUGUGGAGCCCAUAAGUGGCAGCAUGGAUGUAGAUUUCAUCUCAAUGCAAGGAGAGACUUCAAAUAGCCGGGACUACCUAAGACAGAGUGGGCUUCCUGUUAGGUGGCAGGUGUCUCUAGAGGGAUUCAAUCCCAGGCCGUCAGGAGUUUAUAGACGGGAUUCAUGCACUGGCACCUAUGAGCCCAGCGGAUUUCAAUCGAGCUUUACUUUCCAUGUUUGUUUCUGAGAACUGUAUCUGCAUAUGUAUAUAUAUAUACACAUAUAUACAUAUAUUUCA